GUCGUUUGGAUCGCUCCUGAUCUACAUUCUGUUCCCCCUUUCUCCUACCCCGCUUGCCAAUUGGUCGCUGCUAAACAUCAAUCAAGGUCAAACAACUUCUAUACAAAAGGCCACAUCAUCUUGGUCUUCAUACCUUCGAUCAAAAUCACUGUCUGGCAGUAUAAGAGCCUUCAAUUCCCAUCUCCGACUACGCCGUAUGCAAUGCCAGUGCCUGAGAAGCUUCCUUUACCUAGGCUUCAAACCCAUGAUCCUCUUCCUCAUCUCCAUCCACAUUGUCCCAUUCUUUGGGGUCCUGUGCCCGGCUUAAGUUAUAACACUGGUGUGAAAAUGUACCAUUCCUCCUUAUCCCCCUUGAAUCGCCAAGAGUACACUCGUCUUUCAAAUUGA